GUUCCCCAUGAGAACUAUGAUAUCGUACCAGAUGGAGCCCGAUCUUUACCCCCGUCCCAGAUGGCUCUCAUGAAAUUCUUCUCAAUCUAUAUACCCAUAUAUCGGGAUGUUAUCGGUUUAAAGAGUGAACCGAUACGAUACCGUUCAUACCAAAUAGAAAACCAAAAAUAAAACCUGACUGAUGUUAAUAAUCCGACCCGAGACGAUACAUCUAUAACACAUCUAUAACUCCAUUAAAAUCCCCAAAUCCUCAAACCCUAAAAGCAUAAAAUUCUUAAAUCGAUCUUUGCAACCAUGAGUACCGUUUCUGGAGGUUCGAGUGGUUCAUCAAAUGUUCGACAAAGAGGAUUCGUCGUUGGCGUGCCUAAGAGAUGCUGGUGUGGGGAACACAUCGUGGCAAAGAAUUCCAAAUCCGAGCCUAAUCCUUCUCGGAGAUACUUUCGAUGUCGAGAAGCAGCAGCAAAGAAGCUUGUGAACGAUAACCACAUCUUUAAGUGGGUCGAUGAGGCAUUGUUGGACGAGGUAGCAACAUUGGGUGUUCAAUUUGAGAGAGUAAAAGAAGAGAUGAAAGAGCGUACAAUAGAGACAUUGCAAGAACAGAAGCUGAAAUUUGAGAAGAUGCAAAUGGAGUUCGAAAAAGAGCUUUGUGAGAGGGUUGAAGAAGUUUUGUUGGAAGCAAAAGCUGAAUUGCAAUGUAGGAUGAAUAAGAGUAUAAUUGUAUGUGUUUUCGGUUUUAUGAUCUUGUUUGCUCUGUUUAAGCUUGUAUGAUGAGCUAUUGUAAACUAUU